CACGGGGGGAGUUGGCACAGUUUUUACUCUUUAGCUGAACGUCAUCUCUAUUCUGCUCUGGCUGGGAUUGAACAUAGAAGAGCGUGGAAUCUGUUCAUUUUAUUUGACCGGUGUUGAUUAUGGCGGUGAACACAAGUACAUCCUUGGUGUUGUCCAGUCUGCUGUCAGUGCUGGUGUUUGCUGGAAUGCAGAUGUUCAGUCGGCAGCUGGGCUCAUCAGAGUGGCUGACCAUCGUGGGGGGCUUCCUGGGCUCUGUGCUCUUCAUUUGCUCUCUCACUGCUUUCAAUAAUCUGGAAAACCUCAUCUUCGGCAAAGGCUUCCAAGCCAAAAUCUUCCCAGAGAUUCUCUUGUGCCUGUGCCUCUCUCUGUUUGCAUCUGGUUUGGUGCAUCGCGUGUGUGUGACGACAUGCCUGAUCUUCUCUAUCUUUGCACUGUACUACAUCAACAAAGUGUCAGCAGCCCUGUACCAAGCAGCUCCCAUUCAACCUCUUGCCAAACCCACUAGCAAGGGCAAAAGGAAGAACUGAAGCACUUACUGGCGUUCCGUUGGCGUUCCGUUAUGGUCUCCAGUCACCCAUUAAACCACCAGAAAGUUGUAUGAUCAUGAUACAAUAUCCAAUGUUUUUGCCAACAGUUUUUUUUUUGUUUGUUUUUUUUUGUUUCAUUCCAUGAACAUUGUAAAGAUAACUGAAAAAUCUUUGGUCUUACGAGCAAUAGAUGAGUAAUUUUUUAUUUAAUUUUUUUUCUGCUCAUGUAUUAUUUUUGUUAAAGUUUGUUAUUAAAAGAUGACAAAAUAAAAUCUUGUCUUUUUC